AUGCAAGUCACAAUACUCGUCUUGGUCGUGUUUUUUCUCGCAUUUGUGAAUGGUGAUAGCCACUGUCGCCGUGAGGGUGAGGACUGCAGCAGAACGAUCUUCUCCCGUUGCUGUGAUCCUCUGUACUGCCAACUGCAAUCGUUCGCGAAGGGCAAGUGUGUCAAGUGCCUCGAAGGUCGACAGUUCUGCAUGAGUGACAGGGAGUGCUGCUCGGGCAAAUGCCAUUGGUACCGUAUUUGCUCUGACCUCUAA